AUGUCGCGCAAGCGCAGCGCAUCCGUCAUUUCCGUUGAUUCGGACACAAAACGGCCUAAGCAUGCGACCCCAGAAGACGAGCCUUCCGGCGCACAGCAACUUGAAACGACCCAAAACCAAACAGAGUGGGAUUCCUCCUCAGAAUUGGUAGAUGAAGAGUCUUUUUCAGCAGUGCCUUCUCUAUCACCAACCCUACAUCAUAUUGCCCGCUGCGGUAUCCAGCGUUCUAUCGCCAUGGUCCUGGCGCAUGAUGGAUUUCAGUCGGCCAGUCCCGAGGCGCUUGAGAGCUUCACAGGAGUAGUUGAGACGUAUUUAAGAUCCAUCAUCGAAGAAGUCAAGCGAUUCGCAAUAUCAUCACGUCGCGAGGCUCCCAUCCCGUCGGAUUUUGAACUCAUGCUCAGACACCAUAACUUGACCCUUUCCUCUCUCAAACCGCACAUCAAGGGCCGGCUCAGCAACCAAGAUACGAUUAAUCGCAGUGAGAACCUUAUAACCAUCGAUGACACAUUCAACUCACUCCCUCUUCUCGGCGAAGAGCUCAGCGGCCAACCAGACAAAGAGAGCAAAGCCUUUAUACCGCCCUCCUUUCCUGGAUUUCCGAGCACACACACCUACAGAUUUACCCCGCAAGAAGAUAGAAGGACGCGCGAUUCUAAGCAGAUCAGAGAAGACGCGGCCAAGAGCGCGCAGCUCGGCGAAGAUGCAUUGCGCAGGUUGGUUCGGGCUUCGAAAAUGCGCAAACAAAAAGAAGUCAAGUCGUUGGUCGAGCGCGAUAGCCAGGGCAAGGAGCGCUUCCGAUUAUGGGAGUCAACAAUGAAACGAUUCAUGGGGGGCGACCGGUUCAGAGAGCACGCUGAUAAGGUGGAAAUUGCAGACCACAGCAUGCUUGUCAAUGCUGAUGCCAAAUUCUCGCGAAGAGAGCUAUCUCGCCUAGGCAAGAAGUCCAAUGCAUUAUAA